CCGGCAGCGUUGAUCAGCUGUUUACCCGUGGACAAACACAAUAACUGUAUAGUAAGCGACGCAGCUCAGCGCCAGCCUCCCGCACUCAUCCUCAAGGUUACAGUAAAGAAAAAUGUCGUCUAGCAUUCAGCUCUCCCCUGAGGCACUGUGUGAUGGCUUGGAUCAACUUUCAAUUCAGCAACUUGAGCUCAUGGACCAGCUCAUUAAGAAUAAUAUGAGGUUGGAAGAAAAUAUGAGAAGUGGUUUCUUUCAUUUAGGAAAGACACGCUACACACUUGGCUCCAAUGCUGUCAGUCCGCUACAGCUACCGACAAAUGAAAGUGACGUCCAAUCCCUUGCUGGUGUAGUUAGCACCCCGGUGGUCCUGGAGCAGCAGUCUGGUGACAUAAUGUAUCACACUGUUGAUGCCAAAUUUUUGGAUCCUCUGGUUGUAGUUGAGGAUGGUGUGAUAGACAAAACCAUUUCUUUAGGCAGCCUUGAUCAUUUUGAUGAUAAAAAUAAAGGAAUCAGAAAAAGAGUUAGCAAUGUUGAAGGAAAACAGAAAGUUGAAGAAAUAUCUGAAGGUGACUUGAAGGAAAGUGAUGACAAAAUUAAAGUGAAAACCAUAAACCGUGAUCCUAUUCGCUGGUUUUCAGUAUUGCCACCUCAGACUUUAAAACAUGCACAACAGGAUUUCAAGACUGCCAUUCAGUUGAUUGCCCAGUGUGCUACUUCUCAACUGAAACUGAGAGCUGUCUCUAAGGAAUAUAAACGUCUACUUGAAAUAAAAUGCCAGUUAGAUAGAAUUGAAAAAGAGGCAUGAUUUAAUUGCAAUUAAUUGUCAUGAUUAAUACAAGCACAAUAUUAUUGUUUGUAGCUUUUUGUAUUCUAAUAUUGCAUUCCUAUUUCUUGGGACCAUUUAUCAUUAUACAGUAUAGAGCUGUUGUAUUCAGUGCAUUGUUUACAAAUAAGCUUGCAUCACUGAAAUGGCUAAAUAAUAAUUAAGCCUUUGUAAAAACUAUAGUACUCUACUUAAGUUUUUAUUCUCUUGUUUCUGUUACUUGUUUUGAGAUUGUUGACAUGUAAGGCUUGUUAGGAAACUGACCAACUCACAGCAAAGGCUGUGUCAUUUAAGUAUCUGGAUAAUAGUUACUAUGCCCAGCAGCUGUAAAUCUCUAAUAUUGUUUUUGUUAGUAGUUGUAACACACUAAUAUGUCCAGCAGUUGUAACACUAAUACUGUAAGUUAUAUUUCACUUUAAACAAAUAAUAAUAUGUACAGUAUGCUCAAAAUUUAAACUUCUAGUGGUCCCUCCAAAUUUCAGACCUCCAUCUAAUCACUUCUUCAGAAGAACAGAUCAAAUCUGCCCACCAAAUCUUCUUGCGAAUUUUAUUUGUUAGAAAAAUUCAGAUUCUGGAUGGGGAUGUGGUGAAAUUAGAGUUGUGUAAACUAAUACCCAUGCAUAAUAAGCAAAUUUAUAUGCCUGUAUUAUUUAUCUGGCUCAGCUAACAAUCUCUACCUCUUAUGUUAUGGUCUCUUGAGGUCACAGUGAUGAUAGUUUGAUAAACUGGAAAAAUAUUGUUGAUAUAUUUAUAUGUUAAAUUGUGUAACUAGCUUAUCAGUGCUGUAAUUUGCCUAGUUAAUAGAAAUUGGGGUUCAGUUCCUAAAUCCACUAUGUGCCUCUUUAACCUUUCCACUUUCACUCACAGGGUGAGUGUGGUUCACUUCCAACUACAGGAUGGGUAUGGGGUCCACUUCCAUUCCCAGAAUGGGUAUGGGGUGCAUAGUAAAUGAACUUGACUAAACAACUUAUAUUUAUUUUUCCAAUUUUUGCUAGUCUUGCUCUUUUAGUAGUAAUUAUUAUACAAAAAAUGCAUCUAUAUUUUAGAAAUGUUUUACUAAGCUGUUCUAUAAUAAAAUUUGCACAGGAAA